GGUGGCUCAGGCGGUUCGCAACUCGCGAUUAACGUACAUCAGUGUGUUGGUAGAUUCGACGCGGUCACCACGCGUCGCAGUCCUGACUUAGUACCUUACCGGUGCAGUGCGCGAACUUAACAACGACAAAACACGUCGGGUUAAAGACAAUACUGUUUGUGCCUUAGGAAGUUUACUGUGACAUUGUUGACGACACGAAGUUAUUUUUCUAAGGAACCGAAACAGUAGUUCGAAGACCUCAAGUGACACAAUGGGGUAAGCCGUGCGAAACGGCGGGUUAUUGGACUGAUUGUUUGGGACAUAAGUGUUAGUGUAUAUAGAUAGCACGAGAUUCUUUAAUAUAGGAGUGUUAGAAACAAAUUGUCAAGAUGUAUUCUAUGAACUAUAUUGGGAAGUUCAUAGCGAACUUUAGGGAGUUUUACAACGAGAUUAACGGGGCGACGCUGACCGGUGCCAUAGACGUGGUGGUGGUGGAGCAGCCUGAUGGCAGCUUCACGUGCUCGCCCUUCCACGUGCGCUUCGGCAAGCUGGGGGUGCUGCGCUCCAGGUUCAAAGUGGUGGACUUGGAACUGAACGGUGAAUCGUUGCCCAUCCAUAUGAAAUUGGGCGAGUCUGGGGAAGCUUUCUUUGUCGAGGAAGUAGGCGAGGACGAGGCCGGCUGGUCCGCGCACCUCGCAACCUCGCCCAUCCCGGCCGCGCGCUUCGAGCAGCUGUACGAGCCCAGGCGCCGCAACUCGCUCUCCGCCGUCGAGCCCGACCAUGGACAGGCCUCCGAUUACACCAAGCGCAGGUACACCGCCGACGGCCAGUCGAUACAAAAACCAGACGUGAAUAAACUACGGCAGGCGAAAAAAGAUGCCAAACCAACUAGCGAUCACGAUAACGAUGCGUUGUUCGAGAUGGACGGAUUGGACGGCCUCGACGAGACGCCGACGAACUGGGGCGAUUCGCGGAUGCCUAAAACGUUUUCGGCGACACAGCUGGAGGCCGGGAGCGAGGCCAAACAGACUGUGCAAAUGAUCAGCGCGCACAACGACUUCCGCCCCAUCGAGGCCGCCGCGAUCCUUGAUGAUACUAAGGUCAACGGCAAUGGAAAGAAGAAGAAGAAAACUAGGAAAGUUAGCUCAAAGAAGAAGCACCAACGGAAAUCGUCGACGAGCUCUAUCUCCAGCCAGUCGGACCGUGCCGGCUCCGAGCAUCGCCCCUCACUGCCUACAGCCAUUCCUAAUGCUACAGAUAUCAACUUCUUCAGCGACAACGAAAUUACUGCUGCGACACUUAGCGAAGAGAUGUCGAACCUGAAGCUCACCGGGGACAACCGCAUCCCGAUGGCGCUCUCCGACACCGCGUUCGAGGUGCACGCCGCCUCCAGAAACGCGGGAUCCCGCGGUGGCACGCCCGUACAAUCGGAUACAGAAGUCGAGCUGGCUCGAACCGCGAAGGGCGACAAAUCAUCCCAGUCAUGGCGUUGGGGCGAGCUGCCUGAGCCUCCAGUCCGCACCGAAUGCGCCAGUUCACCCACAGAGCUGGGGUCCUCUGCUACCCCUGGGUCUCCGGCCUCGCCUGGCACACCGGAUACUCCGGGCUCCCCCGCAGAACCCCUCAGCUCGGACGAAGAACGCGCGGGCCGUUCGGGGGUGUUUAGCGGCAUGUUCCGCUUCAUGUCGACGCGCGAGGCCACUGAGGCCGCGGAGGGCGUGUACCUGGACGACCUGGACCGGGGGCAGGUCGACCCGGACCUUUACUUCCCUAAGCACCACAUUGGACGGCAUCGGAGCGGUCUGACGAACACAUCUCACGAGAACACGGGGCCUACGGAAGAGGAGUACGAGUCCGGCAACGGCCCCUCCUUGCCGCAGUCCCCGGCCUCGCUCGAGCCGCCGCAGCUCGACUCGGACGACGACGAGAAACUCCUCGCCAAAGGUCAAGUCGGCGUAUACGUGCGCGAGGACCAAGUGUCGCGCGCGCUGCCCUUCGAAGAGUUCUGCGCUGAGGGCGGCACGCUGGCGGCGCAGGGGCGGCUGGUGGUGCGGCUCGGCGACCGCUGGCUGUCGUGGCGCAGCGCCGGCCCGCUGCUGCUGUCGCUGCUGGCCUACAGGAGACCGCUGCCUAGCCGUGUGCUGGAGUCGCUAGAGAAGAGCAUAGAGAAGGAAGGAUCAGAGCCGCCGGCCACGGACGCCAAGCCACGCGGCUACUCGUGGUGGAGCUGGCGCCGCUCCAACCCUGGAGCUGAAGCCAAACGCACGGAGCCAUCUAAGGAUGAAUUCAAGAGUUCCAGUUACCCUGAAACAGAGUACAUUGGCAUGCAAAUGAAAAUGGAAUCUGCCGAAGGAAUAGUCGCCGAGGAGGGUCUGCCCGACGAAAAAUUAGAAACAGACGUCGAAGAGGUCAACGAACCUGUCGAUCUCAUAGACCCUACUCAAGACCAAGAUCCAAGGGACGAGGGUCAAACCAUGCUACCGGAAAACCAACCUCUCGAUCAAGCGGAGCACCUGGAGCACGCGGAGCCCAGCUCGUCGGACUCGGAGCACGAACAGGCGCAGCGCCCUUCGCGCAGGCACUCCACCUUCAGGAAAACGCUGCGGCUCUCUUCCGAUCAGAUCAAAAAGCUCAAUCUUCGCGAGGGCAUGAACGAGAUGGUGUUCAGCGUGACCACCGCCUACCAGGGCACCACGCGCUGCAAGUGCAACGUGUUCCGCUGGCGUUACGAUGACAAGAUUGUUAUCUCCGACAUCGACGGUACCAUCACAAAGUCUGACGUUUUGGGACACAUCUUCCCACUGGUGGGCAAGGACUGGGCGCAGUCGGGCGUGGCGCAGCUGUUCACCAAAAUCAAGAACAAUGGCUACCAGCUGCUGUAUCUGUCGGCGAGAGCCAUCGGACAGGCUAGGGUAACGCGCGAGUACCUGCGCUCGAUCCGCCAAGGCGAGACGUGCCUGCCAGACGGGCCCCUCCUACUGAACCCCACGUCGCUGCUGCGCGCCUUCCACCGCGAGGUGAUCGAGAAGAAGCCCGAGGAGUUCAAGAUCCAGUGCCUCGCCGACAUCAAGGCGCUCUUCCCCCAGGGCUCCAACCCCUUCUACGCCGGCUACGGCAACAGAGUCAACGACGUAUGCGCGUACCAGGCCGUCGGUAUCCCUAUCGUGAGAAUAUUCACCAUCAACUACAAAGGAGAGCUCAAACACGAGCUUACGCAGACAUUCCAAUCGACGUACUCCCACAUGUCGGUGCUCGUGGACCAGGUGUUCCCGCCGUCGCUGUGCGAGCCGAGCGACGAGUUCUCGCAGACGGUGUUCUGGCGCGAGCCGCUCCCCGCGCUCGACGUGCCGCUGCCCGCGCCGGCGCCGCCCAAACCUGCGCCCAAAACCAACUAGUCGCCUCACUACACUGUAGAUGCCUCUUAACCUUUUUGACGCCAGACGGCUAAGGAAUAUGCCGUGCCCCGGACGCCAGGCGAUCGCGAUUAUAUGAGCGAAAUUGAACUUAACGGAGUCCCGCGUAAAUUUUCGAAGAAUACUUUAUAAAUUUACUUCAAUAUUAAUGCAAAGUGUUAUUCCUCAGCCUGGGAAAACUACAUUUUAACCUUUUGAAUACAAAAAUUUCAAUUACUCGCCAAGAGACACUACCCAAUAUAAACUUUACUUGAAAGUAUUAAGCUUACAUUGACAGCGUACGCCAUAACAACUAUAAGCGAUUUUGGCGUUGUCAGCGCGACUACUUUAGAUGUUUUUGGCGUCCAAAAGGUCAAAGUUUAAAGAUGAAUAAGGGAAUGCACCAAAUGGUGUAUGACGAUAGCGUCAUACACCAUUUUUAAGCGAUCACGAUUUAAAAUCUAAGGUUGACUAUUAUUGGUCUAAGUAGUGUGAUUUCAUGAUCAAAUUUAUUGCGCCUUUAUGACGCUUAACUAUCUACAUAUGUAACUAGGCUUGAUAUACUUUGAACUUUUGGGCUAAUAUGCGUUUCGGGAAGUUAAGGUGCUAUGAUUUCAAAUUUUAUUAGGAAAUGUUUUUAUUAAAUCAAAUUAUGUCUUGUGGCUGGUACACACUUCGCUGUAUUUGCCUAAAUAUUCGUGAUGACAAUCUUUCAUUCGAAGAACACAAAGUAUAUAGAUGGAUUUACGUAAAUAUGGCGAAGUAUAUACUUGACCGUGUUUGCCCAAAUAUAUGUGUAUCUCUUUCCUACGCAUAGCCAAAAAUAAGAGAAGACAUAUUGCGCAAAUAUAAAAAAAAAACGAGUUCGACAUAAACUACCUAAAGUAUCAGCUCGAUCAAUAGUAUCCGGUAUACCUAGAUGAGUUGUUCUAAAAUAAAACCACUUGUAUCUGAGAGCCAUUAUAUCGGGAUAUAACGUUGGUCGAGUCAAUGGUAUAGGUAUUAUGUGGUAUUAGUGGAUAUAACCUCUAAGUGUCCUCACAUGCAAUGCAGCACUUUGAGAUUAGCCUUGCGUCAGGCCAUAGACAUCGCUAGGUCAUUGAGUGACUUAUCAACGUUAGAUAUGCGCCAUAACACGAUGUGUGAUCUAUCGGCGCAAAGAAAAACACGACACUUAUAACAUUAUCAAAGAUUAUCGGUACAAAAAUAGCUGAGAUUAUGUUUUAUUUAUUUCUAAUAAUGACAUUUAUAUAACUUAUAGGCCAAUUUAUUUUGCAAUAUUUAUUUGCCAAUGGCGGCACAGUUAACAAAAUAUAUAUCAAAGAAUAAAGACUCUCAACCUCCGUGCGAAACUUAUAGGACUGAGUAGAUAACACGUAAAGUACAUCUAAGUGAAAAUCAUUAUAGAAACUCAGUUUCGUAUGAAUAUUGACGGUCUUUAUUCUUUUCUGUUUGAUAUCUGCUGUUGACUGUAGGUAAUACACAACAUACUUCUAAAACAA